AUGUUUGAGAAGCGUUCGCGCACAACUGUACCGACAUCUCCCAGUCGCGUGGCCAACGGCGAAUCCGAAGAGCCUCAGCCGGCCCAGAAACGUCGGCGACGCGUCUUUUCCUACCGAAUGGACGACAGGACCAGUCGUGGGAAACCCUCAGAAGAAGAGAGAGAACGCCUGGUCAACGAUGAGACUGCCUCCUUGCCUGAAGGCGAUGAGCCUGGCCCCAGCCAAAUAUUGGACCCUGCGGACUACGCUGUCAGCUCCGCGCCAGUCGUAGUACUCCGCGAGAUUGGCCGCCGGUACACAGGUGUUUACACGAGGCCUCGAAGCCUUGCCAAGGUCGACUUGGUGCAUGACGAUAUCUUGACCGAGACGGACGCAUAUGAGCUCAUCAGGACUGUGUGCUGCCUGCAGGCCAUACCACACCGGCCCGACCUCGUUGUGGAUGCCGUUCAUCAAAGGGUUCAUGACCGCGUCAGGAUGUCCCUAGGACAGGUUCUCCUGAUCAGUCCUCUGACUCUGGAAGAAAUCUAUGGGAUAUUCCUCAUGAGUGACAAUGGAUCUUCUGCCAAGCAUCUCAACUCUGAGUAUAUCGACAGUUGGGUCUUGACAGGCUACUGUGCCAAGCAAGCCAUGCUGAGCAUCAGCUUCUCAAGCAUUGUCAACAAAAUCAAGAACGAAACUGCCAACUUGGAAGACCAAAAAGCCGUUCGGCUGUGGUCUACAAUAUCGUUGCAUCACCUGCACUGGGCAGCCACCACAGGCCGGCCCUCCGUCAUCCCUAGGGACUACCUGGACCACUGCAACAUUCUGCUGAGUUUCUACGACGCCUCCAUGCAGGAUGGUAUGCUGGUAGCCGAGGUUUCUCUGUAUUCCUCCCUCCUCAGCAAGCUAGAGAAACGCCAGCCUCGAAAGUUCAUUGCCAGCAGCACUUAUUUCGCCGACUGGGAAGCGCGCUGGCGCCACUUACUUGACCUUCCAACGGCGCUAAAACUCAAGAUCGGCCAGCAUUCCGCGUCUCUCAUUCUCAUAAUGAGAUCCCUCCAGGAGCUCGAUGAAGGCCUGUCGCCCAACAUCUUCAUGGCCAACCAUGCCACGACCUCCCAGGCCUUCGACGAUGCCGCUUCUCGGACCACUGCGAAUUCCCCAAACACGGCUGAGAAGGCGAAAGCGGACCUCAGGGUCGAUGCCUGUGUUCACGCACGUGUGAUACUGCAGACCUUUCUCAAACUGCCAACCCAUCUCAAAUCGUCUCUUGGCUCCAACAUGUGUCUCCGUCUGGUCUACGGCGCUUUGAUUCUCUCGCACUACGGCGAGACAGUCUCCAAUUUCCCGGAUCGUAGCGCCGCAGACCUCGUUGCGCAAGUCAGCUACUGGGUGGGUCAGGAUCCGAGCAAGUCAUGGGCAGCCAGGUUCGGCAACCUCGCGCAGCAGAAACUCUUGUCUCGCCUCGACGGCAGCCAGCAACCCAUGGCCGGAGCUGCUCUCGCAGAUGGCGUUACAAGAGUGACUGAAAUGCUGGCACCGGACGGAGUGGCUCGCGGGGCGGAUCCCGUGGCCCACGAGUAUGAGAUAGACUGGACUGAAAUGUUUCCUAAUAUGGAGGACUUUUUUGCCGGUGGAUUUCUUGGCUAUGGGGCGGAGCCUUGA